ACCCGCCCGAGCGUAGUUCUAGGCUUUUGCAGGGUGGCUUACUUUGUUUGUACAACUGCACGACAAAGAAGGUCUGCCUAGUUGGACGACAUCGGCUGCACUAAAUAUCUGGCUGGCGCUUGAGCAGGCCCGGAAAACGCUAUCCACUACAGUGUGUGCUGUUUGCCGUCAGUCCCCUGUCAUCGCAGCAGUCCUCAAAACGCGGUUAUCUCUGCUGCCUUUGUUGGGCGGCAGCAGGUUCUGAUAACGCACGUCUUAUUGCUGUAUCGCAAACACCGCCCCGACAGCUUGUCCAAUUGGUAUGUCGACAAGCUUAUUCGGCUCAGUCCGCCACACACGAUUCGCCGGUGAAGUAUGUUUCGGGCGUUUAGUAAAAGAUGGCUCCUUGGAGUGCUGUUUACGAUCGUGGCCAUUUUAGGGCUGGUUACUCUGUUCGGUUCCAGCUGGGAGAUAGCCGACUUUCAGGAUAUCAUUCGUGCGCGCCACUUCAAAAGCUUUGGUUUCGUAGCUAAUGAAACAGACUCGCCGGCACCGACUACUAGAUCGACCGAAGCGGAAACCACAAUUGAUUUUGUGUACGUUUCACAAACACUGGAUCCAAGACUGCCGACACCUCCCGGUGAUAUGGGGGCUGCUGUCACGCUUGGUGUUACGAACGAGGCAGUUGCUGAUAUUGUGAAGUAUGGAUAUGACACCCAAGGUUUGAAUCAGUAUCUGUCCGAUUUAGUGUCCGUGCGAAGGCGGCUUCCUGAUACUCGAGAUGAAUGGUGCCGGCAACCGGAUCGAUUUCUCAAAAAUCUACCAGAAACUUCUAUCGUGAUUGUGUUCUACAACGAAGCCUGGUCGGUGUUGGUACGAACGGUUCACUCGAUCCUCGAUCGGUCACCACCUAAGCUUGUGAAAGAGAUUAUCCUGGUAGAUGAUUUUUCCUAUCUGCCGCACACGAAAACUCAGUUGGACGACUACUUCCGGUCGUAUUCGAAAGUACGUAUUCUACGGGCUCCCACGAGACAAGGAUUGAUACGAGCGCGACUGUUGGGGGCGAAGAACACGACUGCCGAGGUCAUCACGUUUCUCGAUGCUCACGUUGAGUGCACAGUUGGUUGGCUGGAAGCCCUACUGGACCCGGUAGCCCGGAAUUGGCAAACGAUCGCCAUCCCCACGAUCGAUUGGAUCGACGAGAACGAUAUGCAUCUGCGCACCGAAAAUGCCCCCUCCUAUUACGGAGCGUACGAUUGGGAUCUGAACUUUGGCUGGUGGGGCCGGUGGAGUCGGUUACAUAAACCCGAGAACAAGAUGGAACCGUUUGACACACCGGCGAUGGCCGGUGGGUUGUUUUCGAUCAAUCGGACGUUCUUCGAACUGCUCGGUUGGUAUGAUGAAGGCUUCGACAUCUACGGGAUCGAGAACAUCGAACUGUCAAUGAAGAGCUGGAUCUGUGGGGGAAAGAUGGUGACGGUUCCCUGUUCGAGGGUGGCACACAUCCAGAAAAUAGGACAUCCGUACCUGUCCGAAACGAAGAAGGAUGUCGUACGAGCGAAUUCGUUGCGGUUAGCGGAAGUGUGGAUGGAUGAGUACAAGCAGGUCAUUUUUGACAUUUACGGGCUUCCCAAGUACCCCGAAGAGGAUUUGGGUGAUGUUUCCAGUAGAAAGGAAAUCAGGCGGAAAGCAAACUGUAAAACAUUCCGGUAUUAUAUUGAGAAUGCGUUCCCCGAGAUGAGGAAUCCACUCAUAGUAGGCGCUUUCCAUGGGGAGGUAAAAAAUAAAGCACUGGGGAACGACACGUGUUUACAGUAUAAAGCGGAAAUGAACACGCUAUCUAUGGCACCCUGCAACCACAAACAAACGGAUCAAUACUGGACGCAUAAUUACUAUCAGGAAUUGAACAGCUACAAACACUGCGUCGAUUACACCGGAGAUGUACUGGCUGUUUACGGUUGCCAUCGUGCCCGGCAGAAUCAGGCGUGGCAGUACGUAAUCGAAACUGGACAGUUAAAAAGUGUCAAACACGGCAAGUGUUUUGCUCUAAAUACGAAAACCAACCGAACGCUGCUGAUGGAAGCCUGCGACGAGAAGAAGGAUUCGCAGAAGUGGCUCGUUACACUCAUUGAGAUGGACGUGUCCAUUUUUGCGAAAACCUAGCGAUUAGAUAGAUUGUUUGUAGAUAGAAAGUAUUGUUAUUUAUAUGAUGAGAUUUAUCUAAUGCUGAAUAUAAUAUUUUUUAUUUA